GGCAGCGGCAGUCCGCUCCAGUUAUCUGCUCUGCAGCAACAACGGAACUCCUGGAGGAGCCGAUCCCGGCCGUCUGCGGGGGAGUCCGCGGCCAGAAGCGAGUUACUGGAUUUAUUAGUACUGCAGUCCAAGCUCUCUGCUCACAACCUGAGUUUGCUCCUGGCGGAAGCUGGGUUCUGGUAGUUGUCUCAAGGUUGACUCACCCUUCCAUCCUUCCAAGGCCUCUGCAUCCUCUGCUUUCCACAGCUACCUGACACUUGCCUCAGUAAGGCACGCACUCUGAGACAAGGACAUUUCCUUUUUUCUAAAUCGCCAUCUUUGGUACCUGGGUUAUAGGAUAUCUUGAUUUCCAGCUCCCUGUGUUUUUUUCCUGACAUGAAUUUUGGAGAUGGAAGACCGUGAGGCCUGUGAUGCAUAAAGGAUUCCAUGUGAUUUUUUAAAAAGCUGUUAAAGAGCGAAUGGUGGUUUUAGAUCCCUCGCCUCAUGCCUGUUGAUGGACGAUUCAGCUGCAGUUGCCAUUAUCCAAGACUUUGACCUGGAAGAGAAAAUGAGUCAGAGUACCCGGUUUGCCGAAUCACCUCAGCUCUCUAAGAGCACUCUCCUCAACAUCUUGGGCAGCCCUCAACCUGAGAGGAUGAGCCUCUCUGAUUCCAUGCCCCCUACCCCAAAGAGUGGCACUCCCUCACCGGGGCCACCUCAGCUCCCUCUACUGGGCGCCAAUUGCCUUGAUGGUGACUGGGAGAGCCGUGAGGAACUGCGCCUGCGUGAGCUGGAGGAGGCCCGAGCCAGAGCAGCCCAGAUGGAGAAGACAAUGCGAUGGUGGUCAGACUGCACGGCCAACUGGAGGGAGAAAUGGAGCAAAGUGCGCGCUGAACGGAAUAAGGCCCGGGAGGAUGUGCGCCAGUUGCGCCAGAAGCUGGAGACCCUGACCAAGGAGCUGACCAGCCUCAAGCGGGAGAGGCAGGAAGUUCUGAAUGAAAACGAGCAAUUGAGCAAAGAAGUGGCUCGGUUGAAAGGGGAAGGUGAGGGGGAGAAGGAGCUAGACAACCGUGUGGCCUCCGAAAAGGAGAGUGAGGCCUCUCCAGAACAGGAGCCUGUGAGAGAUGUGGGUUCUGAGAAGCUGCCAAAGAACAAGUCAUUGCAGGAAUUUGAACUGAUGGAGAACUUUCUGAAAAACAAGCAGGAAGGCUCUGAGUGCUGGGACCAACGGAGCUCAGUCAGUGUCCGUUCAUCUUUCACUCGCCAAGAAAGGAACCGCUUGUUGUGGGAGGAUGUCUCGGUUAUAGAGGAAGAUGCUACCAAGAUCACUGCCCUAAAGUUGCGUCUGGAUGAAUCUCAGAAAGUGCUACUCAAGGAACGGGAGGAUAAGCUGUCCCUCAGCAAGAACAUUGAGAAGCUGGAAGGUGAACUGAGCCAGUGGAAGAUCAAAUUUGAGGAACUGAACAAGAACAAACAGGAAGUGCUGAAACAGCUAAACAUUCUUAAGGAGAUCCAUCAGGAUGAACUGGGGCGCAUCUCAGAGGAUCUGGAAGAUGAACUGGGAGCUCGAUCAAGUAUGGACAAGAAAUUGGCUGAGCUACGGUCAGAGAUGGAGCGUCUGCAAGCUGAGAAUGCAGCAGAAUGGGGGAAGCGCGAGCGCCUCGAAACAGAGAAACUCAACCUGGAACGAGAGAACAAGAAGCUGCGGGCCCAGAUAGAGGACCUGGAGGAGGUCUUGGCCCGCAAGAGGAGGCAGACAGCCAGUGCUCUCGACACCGAUCUCAAGACCAUCCAGACGGAGCUCUUCGAGAAAAAUAAGGAGCUGGCAGACCUGAAGCACGUCCACGGCAAGUUGAAGAAGCAGUACCAAGAGAAGAUGGCUGAGCUGGCCCAUGCCAACCGACGUGUUGAGCAGCACGAAGGUGAGGUGAAGAAGCUGCGCUUGCGUGUGGAAGAACUCAAGAAGGAGCUGGCCCAGGCUGAGGAUGAGCUCGACGAGGCUCAUAACCAGGCACGGAAGCUGCAGCGGUCGCUUGAUGAGCAAACGGAACAAAGUGAGAACCUCCAAGUUCAGCUGGAACAUCUGCAGUCCAGGCUUCGCCGGCAGCAGAGCAUCCCCCUCUUCGGAAAAAUCCGCAGUUCACGUUUUGAGCCUGACAACUCUGGCGAUGGCACCAGUGACUUGGAUGAAGAUGAAGACUUGCAGAUCCAAGUUCCUUAGCGACUGCCCGGCAGAGAGACUGGUGCUGGGGCAGGACGUUUAUUCCUUGAUUGGAGUGAUGGCUUUUGGCCUCAACAAGGAGAACUUUUCUUUUGAGGGAGAACAAGACUUGGAGCUGUGGGAAAGCUGGAAAAGAGACAUCUAAGCCUCUAUAUCCUGGUCUGGAACAAGACAACUUGGUGACUGGGACAAGAUGGACUACUUCAAGAGGAAGUUGCUCGACUUUGCAUAGUUCUCCCUUACUCACCAGCCCCAUAAUUCAUCCCUGUUGUGGGAGUGUGAACAUCACAUGUUCAAGAGCACUAGGAACUAUUUGCCUUUAGAAACCUAGUGCAGUAAACAGACCUUUGCCC